GCGUCAAGCUCCGCCCCCGUGCCCCAUUGGCCAGCAUCAUCACCGCGCGUCUGACUGACAGCCGUGCAUAGGGGCGGGGCGCCGCCACCGCUUCCGCCGGGCCAUGGGGCCGCGCGUGCUGCCGCCGCCGCCGCUACUGCUGCUCCCGCUGGCGCUGCUGCUGGCGGCGCUGUCGUGCGGUGCCAAAGAGGCCUGGCCGUCGCGCCCCGCGCAGGUCACGUUGUCGCCGCCGCUAGUCGUGACGAACGGGAGCCAGCCGGGCGCUCCGCAUAACAGCACGCACGCGGGUCCGCCGGUGUCGCCGGGCUCGGCGGUGAAGCGCUCUUUCUACGUGAUCCUGGGCUUUUGCGGCCUAGCCGUGCUCUACUUCCUCAUCCGGGCGUUCAGGCUGAAGAAGCCUCAGCGGAGGCGAUAUGGACUCCUGGCCAACACCGAGGACCCCACCGAGAUGGCCUCGCUGGACAGCGAUGAGGAGACGGUCUUUGAGUCGAGGAAUCUGAGAUGAUGCUGAGCCAGGGAGGCGGCCUUUCCAGCGGCCAUGAGGGAAGGACAGGAGAUGGGACCCACCCCAGUGCCCAGCAACCCCCCACUCCACCGCUCAUUCCCCUGCUGGCCCUGGGGCUGGCCUCACCCAGUGCCAGCCCGAGAGCUCUUUUUGGAACCUGUGCAGCCUGCCUGCCUACUGCCACCUGCACCUACCGCCAGACCACACAGCCUCGCCUCCUGGAUGCUGCCCCAGCCUGGCCGAGGGUCCCAGGUGAAGACCGGACGGGCCCCGACAGCCGCUGCCCAGGACUCUGAGGCCCCCUUGCCUGACUGUGACUUGUGUGUCUCCCCUGUCCCCGUGGGGGCAUGGCAGCCCAGAACCGAGGCUGGGUGGGCAGGUGACCCAAGGGACCUUUCUGGGAGCGCCUUCCCGCUGGGCUGGGAACAAUAAAUGCAGCCAUGUCUCGGCAGCUGGUGCUGA